CGCACACUAGUAUAGCCAGCUCAGUACUCCGUCCACCACCAUGGCGUCAACACACUGGUGUAUCUGUGUGUUAGUGUGUGUCGUUGUCAGUGUGUCAGCACUACUGUUGGAACAGCCAGAUGCUCGUAACGUGUUCCUGCCAGACUUCACAGAAGACUGUGUGGCUUGUAUUUGCGAUGCCUCGUCUGCAUGUAACCUGACCAUAGGCUGCUUCGCUGGUCUAUGCGGCCCCUUCCUCAUCGGCCGUCAGUACUGGCUUGACGCCGGUGCCCCAGUCCUACCCGGCGCCACAUGGCAGUCCAAGAAUGCAUACGAGUCUUGUACAAUGGACCCCAACUGUGCAACAAGCACCAUCUUCAACUAUAUGACUCGUUUUGCACGGGACUGCAACGGUGAUGGCCAAAUAUCGUGUGACGACUACGCAAGAAUCCAUUACCUCGGGGGCAACCAAUGCUCUGUGCCGAUCAAGAACUACGCUUACUACAGAAUAUUCCAACAAUGCAACAACAGGCAGCCUCCACAAGCUCCUCCUCUGUAAACUACUGGACAGUCAGUCAGUGCCGAGUCCAACGAUUCAGUGAAAAAUCAUCUUCUGUAGACAAUUUACUUCAUUGAUCACUAUUAAAUAAUAAGUUAGUGGAUGUAAAAGCUAAGAUGAUCAUAUUGUAAAUAAAUUUUAUUUAAAUACUUGGUACUCCGCAGCUUAUUAUACUAUAACUGAAUUACUAUAAGCUAGUUUGAUUUGUUUAUAAAAUAAAUAUUUUAGGUGGUUAAGGGACUACCAGGAAUCUGCAGUUUGAAGUGCUCAAAGUUUCGCACAUACGAUCAUUUUCACAACAUUACAGAGUUAAAAAUAAUUUAGGAAGAAGUUUGUGAAUCACUACCUCUGCUUUCUUUUAAACAACAACAGUACAGACACAUUCAAUUCAGUUGGUGAAACGAUAAAAACCAUACUGAAGAUUAAGUUGUUAAAGGGGGAAAAUUUUUCAAUGCAAAAAAUGUUACUUUUCGCUGUAAAUAAAAUAGACAGUUUUUUUUUUAUUAUGUGAAUGUAAUGUUUUAUAGAAUGAACAAAAUAUCUGAAUUCAAAGUAGGCCUAGUUGAGUGAAAAAUCUAAUUUUUUUUCUCUAUUAAAUCAGAUGAAAUUAAAUUAUUUGAAGUUUUCAACCUCUUUAUUUUCUUACUUGAUACUUCAGUUUUGUUAUGUAGGAAGUUAAAAUUUACCAGGAGCCUUAGUUAUAAACUACCCUAGUUGUA